UACUAGCGGAAAUUUUCCGCGAAUAAACCAUGACCUUAGGUUUUUAUGAGCAGUAGGCAAACACCACUCUGUCGUGAACAUGUGUAGUCACAACAGUGCAUUUUUCACAAUUAAUGUCAACUAUUAAUCACCGCGACGUGAUUCACAUUCACGAACUUUAAUGAACAAUUUUGAGUCAAAAAGUGAUUGAACCACCAAGGUCAAACUCAUCGAAUCACAUUUAAAUAGAAUGAUAGCAUUUUCGUAAGUAGUUGAACUUAGAACAGUCGCGAAGCUCGUCCGAGCAAAAUGGUGAAAAUCGAGCGAUUAACAGACAGCGUAAAACUGGGCGAAGCCCCACACUGGGACCCCGAAGCACAGACUCUCUACUACGUAGACAUCCUGGGCAUGUCCAUCUAUCAAUACGAACCAGCCACAAAGAAAGUCAGCAAAGCCUCAGUCGGUCUAAACCUAGUGUCGUUCAUCAUACCAGUGGAGGGUGAGAAAAACCAGUUCAUAGUGUCCCUAGGACGAGAAAUAGUGCGGAUCUUCUGGAACAGUGAACUCCAAGACGUUCGAGUGAUCGAGCAACUAGCGGAAGUGGAACAAGCGCCGGAAUUUUUCGAAAGUAGAUUCAACGAUGGAAAGUGCGACCCUUUGGGGAGGCUAUGGGCUGGGACUUUCAACACAGUUUCCGAAAAACCGCUGGAUUAUCCACCUAAAGGAGCUCUAUAUAGUUUGAACUCGGAACGACAAAUCCAGCAGCACCUCAAAGGGUUGAGACUGAGCAAUGGAAUCGCUUUCAAUAUUAAACUAAAAGCGAUGUACUUCAUAGACUCGGGUAAAGGGACUAUUGACCAGUACGAUUUUGACAUCAAAGCAGGAACGAUCUCAAAAUGUCGAGCGAUUUUCACGUUAAGUAAGCACCAAAUAAGUGGGAUUGCUGAUGGUAUGACGAUCGACAUUGAUGGUAAUUUAUGGGUGGCUAUCUUCAACGGUAGCAGGAUUAUCAAAAUCGAUCCCCGAAAACCCGAAACGCUUCUAGACUCGAUUCAAAUGCCGGUGAAACAGAUAACGUCACUGACUUUUGGCGGUCCCAAUUUGGACGAAUUAUACGUGACAACCGGCGCCUACAAGCUCGAAAAUGAGGACCUUCCACCACCUGAAAAUGGUGCUCUGUAUCGAAUUACCGGUGUGGGUACUAGGGGAUUGCCGGCGACGAAUUUUCGUUUUAUAAACAUCUGAUUUAAAUGGAAUUUUCCUUCUGCUUUGUUUAACAGUAAAGAUAAAGUCUAUUAAUAACUACUGUUAUCUCGGUAGUGUCAAUUAAACGGGUUUUUUUGUUUGUAAACAAUCUUACUAAAUCUUGAGUAAUUGUUGUCAUGUGAUUCAUUAAAAUAAUUAUUAUUCUGUGCCACUGCUGUAAUUCUUACGUACAACAAUGGAAAAGUUCUUAAUAGAGGUACACUUAUUUUAAUUGCUUGUAUAAACUUUACUUACAAAAGUUGUUUGAGUGUUGUAAAUAAUAAUAAAAAUGGUAAUAAAAUUUUAACGCCUAAUGAAAGAGAAAAUAAUACGGUAGAAAAUAGAUCCAAGGACAAGGAUACAGUGGGAACAAAACAAAGGAAGUGUUAAUGUAUUUCACACUUUUAACAGUCGACUAAAACGGAUUUUUAAAGAUGAUCUUUUACUAUACGAGUAUCGUGUAACUAAAGAUUACAAGGAAUCAAAGUUGGCUAUACUUUUACGUCAGUUUUUGGUUUUUCUGUCAUGUCGUUAAUUUUCUUUGGUGAUUUUGGAGCCAUGAAAG